ACGACAGUCCCGCUUCUUGACGUCCUGACAACAACAUGGCUCAAGUGGCGGACUGUUCAGGCUCAGAGAGUGUUUCAGGGGAAAAUGCUCAAGCUUCGGCCGCGGAGGAAGGCAGCGCAACACCGGGGACAGGGGGACAGGACAACCCGGUGUGUCUGAUCGUCCUGGGCAUGGCAGGGUCCGGGAAAACCACGUUCGUUCAGAGGCUGACAGCUCAUCUCCACUCUCAGAAAGCUCCACCAUAUGUCAUCAAUCUGGACCCUGCUGUACAUGAAGUGCCAUUCCCGGCUAACAUCGACAUCAGAGACACAGUCAACUACAAAGAGGUGAUGAAGCAGUACGGCCUUGGACCAAAUGGGGGCAUUGUCACAUCUCUCAACCUGUUCGCCACAAGGUUUGAUCAGGUCAUGCAGUUCAUCGAGAAGAAAAAACAUAACCACAGAUUUGUGUUGAUCGACACACCAGGUCAGAUAGAAGUGUUCACAUGGUCAGCGUCUGGCACUAUCAUCACAGAGGCUCUGGCUUCCUCCUUCCCUUGUGUGGUGGUCUAUGUCAUGGACACGUCUCGCUGUGUCAGCCCCGUCACAUUUAUGUCUAACAUGCUGUAUGCCUGCAGUAUCCUCUACAAGACGAGACUACCCUUCAUUGUGGUUCUGAAUAAGACAGAUAUUAUCGACCACAGCUUUGCAGUGGAGUGGAUGCAGGACUUUGAGGUUUUCCAGGAUGCUCUGAACCAGGAGACCUCCUAUGUGAGCAACCUGACCCGCUCCAUGAGUCUGGUCUUGGAUGAGUUCUACACCAACCUCAGGGUAGUGGGGGUGUCCGCAGUCACAGGCAGUGGUCUGGAGCAGCUCUUUGUCCAAGUGGAGGAGGCGGCCAAAGAGUAUGAGAGAGAGUACCGCCCUGAGUACGAGCGGCUGCGCACAGAGCUGGCCCAGGCUCAGAGCAAGAAGCAGCAGGAGCAGCUGGAGCGCCUCCGGAAGGAUCUGGGAGAGGUCAAAGUCACUCCAGCAGCCCCCACAGAAGACGCAGACAUGGCUGGUCCCAGUGACCUGAUCCUGACCCGAGGGCACUGUGAGGAGGAUGAAGAGGAGCCACUGGACAGUGACACAGAUGACCUGGACCACACUGCCACUGAAGAAAGCAAGGAGACCGAAUCCUUUGGAAACUUCUUGAAGAAUAGGAUGGAGGUGGUGCAAGGGCGAAACAAAAAGUGUGCUCCACCGGACAGUUAGUGAGACGUCUGCCGCUGUGUCCAUCUGUCCUCUCAGUCUGGCCACACACGCGGAGGAAUACAUGGAAGUUUGUAAUCCUGCUGAACUGGUGAUUGCUACUCCUCAAGCUCAGACAGCUUUUAUAUUAGCCACAAAAGAUUCUAUUUUUGCAUUUGUAAAAGUCUUAUUUGUGUUUUUGUUUUGAUUGGUCCAUGACUGACCCCCUGCCCUUAUACCAAGUUUCGCAACUCCACUUACAGCACAAUAUGAGUAAUGCACUAUUGGUUGGGAUGCAUGAGGUCUUUGUGGGACUCGUUAUCAAGGAGGACUGCAUAUCUAUACUCUAAUAAAUAUUACUUGUGUUUUACAUUGUGUAAUUAUUUAUUAUUAAAGUCCCCAUUUGUGCUCUAUAGGAGUAAUCUAAAGGUGCUUUUUUGUGAAUGGUUAUCCUUGCUCCAACAUCCAGUCUCCCAACUUCCCAUGCUCAUAUUUACUGUACUGUGCUUCACAGUUUUCCACAUUCAUGUAAAGCCACUUGCUUAUCGCCACGGAGAUGUUAUUACUUUGCUGGAAUGUCCCACAGUAUUGUAUAUAUCUUGCAUUUAUUAAAGGUGUUUUUAUUUCUAAAAUACCUUGAAAAACAUAGUCUUGUCUGUAACUUGGCCUUUUGGAGUUGAAACAAAUGUAACGCCAUACUGAGGUAUAUUCUAUGCAAUGCAGUAUUAUUGCCAUGGAGACAACCGGGGGGUAGACCCUCUGCACCUUUAAGCAGAAAUUAAUUAGUUUCUAUGGGAGUUACUCUACUGCUACUAUUAAUAAAGCAUCUAAUAAUACCAAAUCCC